AUGGGUCCACUACACAGUGCCACCCAAUAUUCAUUUGUGCUCAUCAUUCAUGAUGCCCAUUCUAGUAUGAUUUGGGUGCAAGGGCUAGCACACAAAGGGGCCGCAUAUCAGGAAGCAGCCUGGUGGCUAUCCAAAAUUCAUGCCACCAAGAAUCAAAGACUGUCUGAGGUCCGGGUGGACCAGGGUGAACUUUGGUCUGCUGCCUUCUGUGAGCUGUGCUCUUCAAUGGGCAUGAAGAUCUCUGCUUCGCCCACCCAACAACAAACACCGCUGACAACCGGAAUAUGCGUGAGCGCUGGAACUACGACCAUCUACUCACGAGAGGGUGAGCUAGCCUUCAAUCGAAAUGUUUCAAUCCUGUACAGUGAUUCAUCAGGAGCACAUGCCAUUGCAAGUGACCCACAACACUUCAAGAGGACAAAGCACAUUGAUAUUGCUCACUUCUUCUUGCAGGAUGAAGUGGCUAGUCAGUGA